CGUUUCACUCCGCAUCCCUUCCAUCAGAUACUUGGUGAGGAAUCUUCAUAUCCGACGAGACGAACGCGCGGCGACGAGGGUAAUCUUCACUCACCAUGGCGACCAGAAGUGCUUUGAGAUUUGUUUCUCGUAGGUUCUCUAGUGGUGGAAAAGUUCUCGGUGAAGAGGAAAAAGCUGCAGAAAACGUUUACAUCAAGAAAAUGGAGCAAGAGAAGCUUGAGAAGAUCGCUCGGAAGGGACCGAAGCCGGGAGAACAACCUGCCGCGGAAGCUGGUGGCUCGGGAACUCAAGCCAAGACGAGCGAGGCAGCAUCCUCAUCGGGAGAAUCAGCCCCCAAAGUAUCGGAGGACAAGUACCGAAACUAUGCGGUGGUUGCUGGUGCAGUGACCAUCAUAGGGGCAGUGGGAUGGUACAUGAAAUCCGGCGGAAAGAAGCAGCCAGAGGCUCAAGACUGAGUUCGGAACUUCGGGAUUUGGGGCUUCUGCGAGGUAAAAAAAAAACUGGGAAUAAUUGAAGCAUGUUUU